GUCAUGAAUUCAAUCACCAGAAUAACAGACUGAAAUAACAUAAUCCAAUGGAGUCAUCACGCAAGUUCUUCCCAGCCAUUGCUGUCCUCCUCUUGCUCGUUGUCACCACAGAGGUGGUGCCAAGUGCAGAGGCGAGAGAGUGCGAGACGGCGAGCAACCGGUUCAAGGGGAUGUGCAUGAUGGUGGCCAACUGCGCCAACGUGUGCUUGACCGAGGGCUUCUCCGGCGGCAAGUGCAGCGGCUUCCGGCGCCGCUGUAUGUGCACCAAGGAAUGCUGAUCAUGUGGGUUGGUUAAUUUUGUCGAUCAACUAAUCUCCUGAAUAAUCACGAAUUAAUUGCAACUUAGCCAUGUUGGGCGCGUCGUUCGAUCCUUGAUCGAAUAAAUCUUCAGCAAGCCUAAACGCCGGCCAGGAGUACGUACUGUUUUGUAUCAAAUUUGAGUUUCAUGCAUGUAAUCUUUUCUCAUUCUGUUCUUUUUCUUUUUCUUUUUGGGUUUGGGUUUGGAUUGAGUAUUCACUGUGUUGUUGUUCUUGAGUAUAUAUUGCCUGAUUCCAUUUCUGGUCUGAAAUUUUACAGCAUGAGAGGAACAUGCAUAUCUCAUCUUUCAGGUUACUCUGAA